AUGGCCUUUAUUCAGAGUAUCGUGUCAGAGACGCCGUCGGCUGCGGGCAGCGCUUUCCUCGCCGCACUCGUGGUCGGAUAUGUCGUUUAUCAACGAUACCUGCACCCACUGGCGAGAUACCCAGGUCCAUUCCUUGCGAGUAUCAAAGAUCUAGGGCAGGUUCAUCAGUUCCUGUCCCUACAGCAACCAUAUCAUCUUACCACAAUCCACGAACGAUACGGCCCCAUCGUUAGGUACGGACCGGACAAGCUCAGCAUCACGCAUGAAAGUGCUAUCCCCAUAAUCUAUCAGAAAGGCGCCAAGUCUAUGCCGAAAACCGAGUUUUAUGACGCAUAUUGGGCUGCCCAUCCAAAUGUAUUUGGGAUGCGGGAUGAAGUAAUGUACUCAACAAGGCUGCGCCGUAUGUCUCACAAAUUUUCUUUGAGCUACGUUAAGGAGAUGGGAGAGUACCUUGACUUAAACCUACGCAUUCCGACGGAUAAGACUAGAUUCCAGAUUGAGAGAGGGGAAGUAUUUGACCUGAAGAAAGCUUUGCAUUACUAUGUAAGUGACGUCUUGGGAGAGCUCGCUUUUAGCCAGUCUUUCGGUGUGCAAGAGGCCGAUGACGAUUCACUUAUCCCGCUGGUGAUCGAGCAUAGCUUUCUGGCGGCUGUCACUGGUGUAUGGCCCGCCGUGACAAUGACUCUGAAACGCUGGCUCCCCCUACGUACCGCACGCAGGCUUUCGGCGGCUCUUUGGUACUCCAAAGGCUUGCGCAGAUCUCCCGUCGAGAUGCGCGAAAGGCUGAAGCCAAUUGAUCUGGAAACGGAGGCAUUUGGUUUCAUUACUCCCGGAACUCACACAACCAGCGCCACAUUCACACUUCUCUUCUACCAUCUUCUCCACAAUCCUGAGUUCAUGAGAAAUUGCGUCGAGGAGAUCGACUCUAACCUGCCGUCCCUUGGACCGACCGAGACUGCGUACUCCAUUGUCGCCGCAGAAGCCUCUCUCCCAUUUUUACGAAACUGUAUCCGAGAUAACUUCCGUAUCACCCUGGUUUUUACGAUGCCGUUGGCACGCCGUAUUGGGAUGACUGUGGCGAAUACCAAUAUAUACAAGUUACUCGGUACACUGCUUAAGGAGUUCACUUUUGAGCUAGCUGAUGAGCGGGACCGGGUGGGUGUGGAGAAGGGCAUGUAUAAAGGCAGGAUCCCGAAGCUUUUCAGUGCAGGAAUUAGUGACCCGCAGGACCUCUGCUCGUUAGAGCUCAAAUUCUUUGACGGCUUUAAGGAGGCGUUAAGAAAGACAAUCAUCGGCCUGUUAUUGUGA